AAUUUACUCCCUGGUCCCUCAUGCCCCCGCCUCCAACCCCCGCGCUGUCUGCCCAACACGCAGGCGCGUCUCCUCAAGUGCUUUCCCUACCCCCCUCCUCUUUCUCUUCAGUUCAUUCCCCCUCCUCUCCCAGCAGCUCCGCAGGUUCAAACUCUUCUCCCGGAGAGUGGCGGCGAUCGCGAGGUCACGUGAUGAGCAUCCUGCUGCCCAACAUGGCGGAGUUCGACACCAUCUCGGAACUGGAGGAGGAGGAAGAAGAGGCAGCAACGUCGUCGUCGUCGUCGCCGUCGUCGUCGUCGUCGUCAGUAUCUGGGCCCGAUGAGGACGAGGAAGAUGAGGAGGAGGAAGAAGAGGAGGAAGAGGAGGAGGAGGAAGAAGAGGAGGAGGUGCCGCCCCCGCCUCGGGUAGUGAGCGAGGAGCAUCUGCGGAGAUAUGCCCCAGACCCUGUGUUGGUGCGCGGUGCCGGCCACAUCACUGUGUUUGGAUUGAGCAACAAGUUUGAUACAGAAUUUCCGUCAGUUCUGACAGGGAAGGUGGCUCCAGAAGAAUUUAAGACCAGUAUUGGCCGUGUGAACUCGUGUUUGAAAAAGGCUCUCCCAGUCAACGUGAAGUGGCUGCUGUGUGGAUGUCUCUGCUGCUGCUGCACCCUGGGGUGCAGCCUGUGGCCUGUUAUUUGUCUCAACAAAAGAACCAGAAGAUCGAUUCAGAAGUUACUAGAAUGGGAAAAUAACAGAUUAUACCACAAGCUUGCUUUGCACUGGAAGUUGACUAAAAGGAAAUGUGAAACUAGCAAUAUGAUGGAGUAUGUAAUACUAAUAGAAUUCUUACCAAAAUACCCCAUAUUCCGACCUGACUGAGGAGUUUUGUUUGGUCACUUGUGUGUUAUCUGUCAUUUCCUACCCUUAGUGCCUUGUAGGUGAUCUUGGAAUGGAGACGGUCUCCUUUGCUGUUUUCAGUUUAUUCUUCACAACAGUAGAAUAUUCUUCUCACUCUUAUUUGUGUUGAUUUAAGAAGACAAUUUGCACAUCCUUUUUGUUAUUAAAUGAGGCUUGUGUUUUGCACUCUCAAUUUUUAAAUAAACACACAAAAACAUAUACACGUAUAUAUAGUUGACACUAAAAACACCAGUGCUGGUGUUUUAUGAAACAAAACAAAAACCUUGUUCUGAGCAUGCUGCCUUAUGAUUUUCAUACUCACUGUUUCUAAAUAUGCAUCAUUUUUCUAGGCUAUUUAAUGCUCUGUAAUCCCUUACUGGACACACCCAAAUAAGCUUUUGGUAGCUUUUAGAAAUGGUUUUACUCUGCUUUUAAAGAACAUGCAAUUAAUAACGCUGGUUUCCUCCUGCACUUUGCUAAGUUGUCACUUAUGUUAGUGGAUAAAAUAUUUAAACUCCUAAUGAUUGUAAAUAUCGUCUCUUCGCAUAAUGUAAAAUGUGGUAUGCCAUGGUUUACAGAAUGUAUUAUUACUCUCAAUGUAUUGCCAACAAUUCCGCGUAGAUUUUAAUAUGAAUGAAGUUUGCAAGUCCUUUUGAAUGUAGAGACCUUUACCAUGCUGUUUUGUGGCAAAGCCAGAAUGAGGAUGUUAAAUUUCAGGUGCGAGGCCAGACUGCCCUUCCUUACAAGUGGAUUAAAAUUGAAAUCAUUUUCAGAUCUUUUGCAUUACAUCGGAGACAAGAACCUUAUUUUCACAUUUAAUCCACUGGCCUUCAUUUAUCUCCACUCCA